CUUCACAAGCCACUGGAGAGUUGAAUUUGUUCAUUCCGCUGCACAACAAAUGUAAUGAUCUCAUGUAAAGAUCCUUGUUGUUUGUAAGCGUGAAAGUGUUUGUGAAUUGCAUGAGCUACAGCAGCUCUGUGAGAAGGACCAAGUACGAGUCCUCUGAUCGUGAUAGUUAGCAGACAAGAUUACAAUGAAUGUAUAUGAGGCUGACUGUGUGCUAUCUGUUAUGUAAUAGUAAUUUAACCUUUCUCUGAUCUCUGUAUUACGAUUGGUUUUGAACAGAAAAACACGAUUGGGAGGAAAAAUUCUGUACUGUGAACUGAAAACUCAUGAGUUCUAGCUCUCAGUUUCACAAUCUCUACCCUGCCAAUUGUACUGUGAUUGUACGUGUUGGAGUUGCAUACAACCUAAACACGCUGAGAAGCGCCUCUUGAAGAAAAUGAGUUCCAACAGUGUGGAGCCGUCGUCACGGAUCGGAGUCACUCUCGACCUCAUUCUGAAAACUCUGAUAGCUUCGUCCGACUUCACCAGUCUGCAAACGAAAAACUGGGAGGCGAUCUCCCGCCUCAUACCUGGCACCACAGCCAUACAGUGUGCCCGGCGCUAUGAAGAGCUCUUGACCGGGGGAGGGGGCGUGGCCAUCCAGCAUCUCAGUCGCUCAGUCAGCACCCACGGUCUGUCGCUCAGCUCCAGCAGCGCCAGUCUCUCAGAGCUGGAGGGUCAAGGUCGCCCAGGCUACAACAACAACCGACCUGGCUCCAGCAAGGCCAAAGGAGGCAGAGAAGACAAGGACAAAGUCACCAGUGGCAAAGACGCGGUUUACAAGAGGGACCUCGGCCAGAAAGGUCCCACUAUGGUGAUCCACGUGUGCGAUGAAGCCAAAAACUUGAAGAAAGACUUCCACUGUCCACGGGACCUGCUGGUACAGGAGAUGAAAUAUUUCGCCGAGUAUCUGUCGACGGACGCCCAGCGCUGGGAGGAAGUGGACAUCUCCGUACACUGUGACGUCCAGAUUUUUGACUGGCUCAUCAAGUACGUGAAGCGAGGCUCGAAGGAGAUCACGGAGGAGCCAAAGCUGGAAGCCAACAACGUGGUGUCUAUUCUCAUAUCCUCUGACUUCCUAAAGAUGGACACGCUGGUGCUCGGUUUGCAAGCGGAUUCUGACCCACGUCCUACAGACUCAGGUCAAGUGCAUGCCCAGCAGAAUGACCAUUGACCACAACGGCAAGCUGACCUACUCCCACGUGCGUGACCCGAGCUUCGACGUGAACGAAUACAUUCUGGAGCUGAAGAGUCAGCUGAAAACGUGGAGGGAUGUGUACUGGCGGCUGUGGGGGACGAUCAACUCGCUGACCUGUACACGCUGUGGCGAGGCCUUUCCUCUCGUGGAGUUUGGACAUUGCAGGGCUGCCGUGUGAAGGACCACAUCGUGGGCGUGUCGGAGGGCGGGGACGGGGAGGGGAGCAGCCGGCCGGUCAAGUCUGCGACACAGAGAGUCUACGAGGACCUGCUGGCCAGACGUGACGUCAUCUGUGUGCCGUUCCAGAGGCUGUCUGACUUGUC